GAGAGAUGUCGCGGUAGAGUUGACAGCUGAGCGGCUGGAAAAAAUUGUGAUUUCACUUUCCCUCGCGCUUUAUUCAACUCAUUUGUGCUGAGUUCCCGGGUGGAGAAGUUGCAGCAUGGUGAGGAGAUCCUCUGCCCCAGAAUGGACACGCUAAUACGUCUCAAUAACUCAACAGCUGGUCGGGACAAGACCGCCAGACUCAUCCAGUACCUCUGCAAGGCCCUGUGGGACACACUGGAUGCCAAUGAUAUCAAUAGCCACCUCAUUGAUCAGCUGCGAACCUUUGAACUCAGUUUAAGCACAUUCCGGAAAACUUUACGACUUGGAAAGUGUAUCGAUACAUUCUACGCCUCCCUCACGUCUCUCCACUAUGCGGAUGCUGUGGUCCGGAUGACGGUGACGCUCAGCAAGCUGGCCAGCUCAAUGUUCCUGUUCUGCGAUCACAUGAUCUGGUUCGCCCGGACGGGCUUCGUCAAGGGCGUAAAUGUGGAGAAGUGGAACAAAUUAGCCAAUAAGUACUGGCUAUUUUCCGUGGUGAUGAAUCUCGUGAGAGAUUUCUAUGAGAUCCAGCGACUUCUGGCCACGCAGACGCCAAAGAAGGCAACUGUGGAUCAGGGCUGUCUUCAGGAGGUGAUCAGCUUGCCACUGCAGACUGUCAAGUGCAUCUGCGGACACAAACCAGUGCUGUGGGAUACGGUGAAGAAUGCGUGCGAUUUGUUCCUGCCUCUCAAUGGACUGGGAUUCACCAAAUUGAGUCCACGGACGAUAGGAGUGCUGGGCUUCAUCUCCUCUCUGGCCGGACUGAUACCACUCGUGGAGCCUUCGGCGAAACUCUCGCCCGCCUGAGCCGGCGAUGGGUAGGUAAAUGUUUUUCUAUGUGGGCCAAAGGUUAAUGAAUGAGGUUGAAUUAGCAUUUCUUUCGCUCUGAGGUAUUUUAAAGCUACGGCGUGACUGUAAAAUUGUAGGAAUUUUCACAAUAAAUUAAUUGUUGUAAAGGGAUUAUGAGCUUCACAGUGUUUGAA